GCGGCUGCCGGGGCCUUCACUUAUGUACGGGACGUAUGUACUGUAAAGUUUGGGCGGUCGCCGCAGAUGGAUAUGCAGAUGGAUGUCCUCUCCACUAUGAUUAGCAUCAUGUUGGGACAGGCCCAGGAGUGCUUUCUCAGGAAAGCGUUGUUAGGUAACAUGUCGCCUGCGAUUCUGUCCAAGUUAGCCUCGUCGGCGAGUGACUUCUUCACUGAAGCCGUUAUACAAUCGGCCGCUUCCGGGUGCAAAGGUGAGUGA